AUGCAGCAGCGGUUCAAAGGCUAUAUUGCACCCGAAGGUGAACAGGCCAGGCCACUUACUGGUUACUAUGAAGACAUGCUAAAGAAACCUCUCGCCGAAGUCCAGCCAUUAUCCCACACAACCCCAGAACCACCUCAAGAAGCGCCUAAGACGCAGAAGGAAGAGACAUUUGCCAAAGCACGUAUAAUCUUCGGUUCAACAACCGCUCUCGAGGAACGCAAACAAGAGAUUAUGAAGUCGUCCCAAAACGUUGCUGGUGUCCUCGUCCCUCCACGCCCAGAGGAACCAGACAACUGCUGCAUGUCUGGCUGCGUGAACUGUGUCUGGGAUAUGUACCGGGACGAGAUGGAAGAAUGGGCAGAGAAGAGCGCGCAGGCGAGAGCAGCAAUGCAAGCACAACGACAGGAGGGCAAGGGCACUGGAAGCAUGGUAGCGGGGGAAGGCAUGCCGAGUCAUGUUGCUACCAGUAUGGACGAUGACGGGGGUGGCAGCGAGACGAACUGGGACGGCGGUUUAGAGGACGUGGACAGAGACAAGCUGUUCGAGGAUGUACCCGUGGGCAUCCGAGAGUUUAUGAGAACCGAAAAGAAGUUGAAGCUGGCGCAGAAGCAAGCCGAGACCACCACUGCUGCGUGA